AUGGGCUCAAGCAACAAUAACACCGGCAACAUGCGCUACAACUUCCUCCAGGACGCCGACGUCUGGCAGGGUGCGCCCAUCUUGACGGGCAGCACCAAGUUUGAGCCUCAUCCCGAUGUCAAGAACAUUAUGAUCACUGGUGGCGCCGGCUUCAUCGCUUCUUGGCUUGUGCGACACCUCACCCUCACGUAUCCCCACGCCUACAACAUCGUCUCUUUCGACAAGCUCGACUACUGCGCCUCGCUCAACAACACACGCGCCCUCAACGAGAAGCGCAACUUUAGCUUCUACCAGGGCGACAUCACCAACCCCGUCGAGGUUGUCGACUGCCUCGAGCGCUACAACAUCGACACCAUCUUCCACUUUGCCGCCCAGUCGCACGUCGACCUGAGCUUUGGCAACUCGUACGGCUUUACUCACACCAACGUCUACGGCACCCACGUGCUGCUCGAGAGUGCCAAGAAGGUUGGCAUCAAGCGCCUCAUUCAUAUCUCGACCGACGAGGUCUACGGCGAGGUCAAGGACGAUGACGAUGACCUCCUCGAGGCGAGCAUUCUUGCCCCUACCAACCCUUACGCCGCGAGCAAGGCUGCCGCCGAGAUGCUUGUGAAUUCUUAUAUGCGAAGCUUCAAGCUUCCCGUCAUUAUUGUUCGGAGUAACAACGUCUACGGACCCCACCAAUUCCCAGAGAAGAUCAUCCCCAAGUUCUCCUCCUUGCUACACCGCGGUCAGCCCGUGGUCCUCCACGGAGACGGCAGCCCAACACGCCGCUAUCUCUACGCCGGAGACGCCGCCGACGCCUUCGACACCAUCCUCCACAAGGGUGAGAUGGGCCAGAUCUACAACGUCGGCUCGUACGACGAAAUCUCCAACAUCACACUCUGCCACAAGCUCCUCGCUGAGAUGGGCAUCGACGACCAGAACACGACCGAGUUCAAGAAGUGGGUCAAGUACACACACGACCGCCCCUUCAACGACCACAGAUACGCCGUCGACGCUACCAAGCUCAAGCAGCUCGGCUGGACACAAAAGACCCCCUUCGAGCAGGGUCUCAAGAUCACCAUGGACUGGUACCAGCGCUACGGUGACAGAUGGUGGGGCGACAUCUCUGCCGUCCUGAGCCCGUUCCCCCUGGUUGUCAACAAGAAUGUGAAACCGGACAACGAACCUAUCAUGGACUCUCCAUGA